UUCACUGCAUAUAAACCAGGCGGCGGUCCCGGCUGCCAUCUCUCUCUCUCUCUGCCCAAAGCCCUGCAAUUAGACAAUAUUGACAUUGUGCGACUCCGAGAACACGGCGGCUUUAUCGGGGUCUUCACGUCUCUGCACAGGCUCUUACUUCUAGUCUGGGGGGCUGUGUUAGGACAACUCGGCGUGUAAAGAUGAACGACAAGACUUCAACCUGCUCCUGCCGGCUGCUUUCAUUUUCUCUGGGCAUCUCGGUGGUCACCGUGCUGAACUUAGUGGGGCUCGUGUUUCUCAUCCUGCAGCACAACAGCUUGUCGGCGCAGCUCAAAGAUCUGGAGGUUCAGUUGGAUACGUUUUCUGAAAGUUCGGUCGUGACGUUCCUACGUCAGGUCAUUGAGGACAAAGAAGAUGAACCCCAGCCGUUCCAGUUUUCGAGAAAUAAAAGGAGCCGGGAGCCUCACGAAAGCACCAUCCAAGCUGAAAAUGAAGACAUGCUUAUGCUGAUGACGUAUUCUAUGAUUCCUAUUCGCAUAAUGGUGGAUUUGUGUAACAGCACAAAAGGAAUCUGCUUAACAGGACCCGCUGGACCACCUGGUCUUCCUGGUGCUGAUGGACUGCCGGGCCAGAAUGGAUCAAUAGGACUGCCCGGACAAAAGGGCGAGCCAGGAGAGGUUGGGAAGCGUGGAAAACGAGGCCUUCCAGGUGAAAAGGGAGAACCUGGAGAGAUGGGAGAGAAAGGGGAUCCCGGCGAAAUUGGAUUUCCAGGACCUCGUGGUGAGCCGGGAUUGAAAGGAGAACCGGGCGUCAGCGCUGAGAAAGGAGAGUUUUUAAAUGAAGUCUUUCUUGAAGGUUCUCAAGGCCCCGCAGGACUGCCUGGACCACCAGGACCUCCCGGGCCCCCAGGACCAGUUGGACCACCUGGGCCUCCAGGAGCAAGACGUCACAGGGUCAGAGGACAGAAGAAUAAUGCGGGCUUGACUCACGCAGUGCCAAACGACGAUACGCUGUCGGGUAAAACAGCUGAGAAAACAAAGCAGGCGGCCCUGAAAAAAGCAGAAUGCAUCGUUAAAGCUGUGAGCAGUCCGGUGAAUGUCACCAAAGCAGGAAACACUUUUGGGACGUGGAUGCAGGACACGUUACGGGAUGAUGAAACGAUUUGGGUUGCAGAACACUUUUCAGGUCGAACACUGAAAGAAUAUCCAAACCUGCUUUCGUUCCAAAAUGGCAGUUUUAAAGUAAUUGAUCUACAGAAAGCUUUCUUUCAAGGCUGUGGCCACGUCGUCCACAAUGGAUCUCUGUACUAUCACGUUGCCGGCUCAUAUAAAAUUGCAAAAUAUGACAUCGACACGGGUGCUUUUAAGACAAUUAAGAUAGAGGACGCAUUCUACAACAACCUCAACUAUCUCUUUCACAAUUCCAAGACGUACUUCAACCUGGCAGCUGAUGAGAGUGGCUUGUGGAUCAUCUACGCUUCCAGCCUCGAUGAAAAUGUCAUGGUGGCCCAGCUGGACGAGAAGACCUUCUCAGUCACUCAUCACGUGAACACGACCUACCCGAGAUCCAAAGCCGGGAAUGCUUUCAUCGCAUGUGGAGUGCUGUACGUGACGGACACAAAGGACCUCAAAGUCACGUUUGCGUUCGAUCUGCUGAAAGGGAAGCACCUGAACGCCAGUUUUGAUUUAAGGUCGCCGAAUGGCGUUUUGGCCAUGCUGUCUUACAAUCCUAAGGAUCACCGCUUGUACACCUGGGAUAACGGCUGUAUAAUGGAGUACAAGGUGCAUUUCUUAUCAGACGACUGAGCAGACAGUCAUUUAGGCGUAUGUCGGCUGAACUCAUGCUCGUUCGUAUUGUGAGUAGCAUCGACAUAAGGCAGUUAACACUUUUUAUUCAACUUUAAAUAAACGUCCCAGGUGAAAUGAAAGGAUAAAUACAACAGCAAAUCAGUAAACCAGACUAAGACACGUGACGUUACUAAAGGCCAAAAUUUUGCAUUUUGCCAAAGGUUUUUGUUUUUUUAGUAUAUACUAGUUGUAUUUAAAAUGUUAAUACAUCAUG